CUGCCCCUGCCACCCUCGCCCAGGGAUUUAAAAGGCUGACAUUCACCCCAGACGCUCACUGGCAGGUGGACUGAGGUGUGACCGUCAUGUCCUCGCUGGUGGCCUUCCUGCUGCUCUGGGGCCUCGCUCUGGGUCCCGAGACCGAGGCACUCGUAUACAUAGAAACCCGGCCCACAAUGUGGGCAGAAUCGUCAUCGCCAUUGGAACCUUGGGCCAACAUGUCCCUGGUCUGCCUGGCCCGCCUCCCCACACUGGAUUUCCAGCUGUUGAAGAAUGGAGCGGCCCUGGAGCCUGUGCGGGUCAGCUCGCCCCUCCUGCAGCACCGGUUCACUCUGGGAGAGGUGGCCAGCAACACAGCAGGACUCUACCGCUGCCGUGUGGGCGUGGACCGGGCGUGGUCCACACUGAGCAAUCUCGUGGAGGUGGCAGGGUCCGAGUCCUUGGCCCCGCCCAGGCUCUCAGUAAAGCAGGGGGUGUCUUGGAUCACACGGGACCUCAACUUGACCCUGCUGUGCCGCGGGGAGAUGCGGGGUGUGACCUUCCUGUUGAGGAGGGAAGGCGACGACGAGUUUCUGGAGGUGGUCGAGGGCGGAGAGGACGGGGAGGCCUCGUUUCCUGUGCGUCAGGCCGGCAACUACAGCUGCAGCUACCGGACCCACCCGGCGGGGGCCCCCCCGGAGCCCAGCGAGCCAGUGACUAUCCAGGAGCUGGCCACGCCGCCGCGGCCCUUACUGACCAUCUCCGGGCGGUCGGCGGAUGUUGUGCCCCCCGGCGCCCUCCCCGUCCUUGUCUGCUUGGUGCCCCUGAGCAACGUGCACUUCCAGCUGCGGCGGGGCGAGCAGGAGGUGCAGGUGUCCAAGACCAGCACCUCCCCCAGCGCCAUGUUCUUCCACCUGCCCGCAGUGGCCCCGGAGAACGGCGAGACGCCAGACGCGCACAGUGGUCCUGGGGGCCUCCCUGAGGAGGCGAGGGGAGCCGAGCAGCUGUCCAGGGGAGACGCCAGAGAGGCAAAGGCUGCACGUGAGGUCGGAGCCGCUCCCUCGGCGCCUGGGUCAGCCCGCGGCCUGCUCUGCAGAGACGCAGCCGCGGCGCCGGAGCUGUCGGCCGAGCCUGCGAGUCCGAACCCUGCUCCCGGCACGCUUGUGCGGCUGCGGUGCAGGGCGCCUCGGGCGGGCCUGCGCUUCGCCCUGGUGCGCGAGGACAUGGACAGUCGCCAGGUAGAGCGCGUCCUGAGCCCGGCGGGGGCCGAGGCCCACUUCGAGCUGCGCAACGUCUCGGCGUUGGACUCCGCCAAGUACAGCUGCGUCUAUACCGACCCCGAGCCGCCCUUCGGGGGCUCAGCGCCCAGCGCGCGCUUGCCCCUGAGCGUGGACGGACCCCUGCCCCGGCCGCGGCUCCAGGCCCUGUGGAGUGGGGCGGUGCCCGGGGGCCGCGACGCUGUCCUGCGCUGCGAGGGACCCUUCCCCGACGUCACUUUUGAGCUUCUGCGCGAGGGCGAGACCGAGGCGUCCGCGGAGGUGCAAAGCGAUCACAGCUCGGCCAACCUGGAACUGACCUACGUGGGGCCGCAGCACGCCGGCAACUACACCUGUCGCUACCGUGUGUGGUGGCCCCGGCACCUGCAGUCGGGGCUCAGCGACCCCGGGGAGCACCUCUGCAGCCCGGGGCAGGUGGCUGGAAGCUCCAGACUCAGCUUAGGGUAUCCUGGAUGA